UUGAAGGAGGACAGAGAGGCAACCCGUGGAAAGCGAACAGAUGUGAUCCGGACUACGCAAAGAGAACAAGCUGUAGUUGAAGACGGAGAACCUUGCAUACUGCUAAUAUGUGGCAACCCGCGUCGGAGCGAUUGCAGCACUUUCAGACCAUGCUGAAGACCAAGCUGAAUGUGCUGACACUGAGGAAGGAGCCGUUGCCCACGGUGAUCUUCCACGAGCCCGAGGCCAUCGAGCUCUGCUCCACCACACCGCUCACAAAAGGCAGGACCCAUGCUGGAUACAAGGUGGCCUACCUGGGUAAAGUGACAAUCUCCGGGACCCAGUUUCUGUCGGGCUGCACAGAGUCGGCGGUGGUGGGGCUGGUGGAGCGUCAUGCCCUUGCCCAGCAGCAGGGUACCUCUCUGCUGGAGAUCCGGCCCUUCCAGGUGCGUCUCCACCACCUGGACGAGCACGGUGAGGCCUCGGUAACCAUGGACACCUACCAGGUGGCACGGAUCGCCUACUGCACAGCCGACCACAGCGUCCGACCCAACGUAUUUGCCUGGAUCUACCGGGAGAUCAACGACGACCUGACCUUCCAGAUGGACUGCCACGCCGUCGAGUGCGAGAGCAAGCUCGAGGCCAAGAAGCUGGCGCACUCGAUGAUGGAGGCUUUCCGCAAGACUUUCCACAGCAUGCGCAGCGAUGGCCGCAUCCACAAGAGUGGCUCAUCAGACGACUUUGCCGAGGACUCGUCCACCCCUGAAGACUCGACCCCAGAAGACGGUUGAUCUGAAACUCACCUUAACUCCUGUGUGCCCAUCCUAAAAGAGCGAGGGGUUACUGGAAGGAUGGACAGAUUACCUGCUCUCUCUCAUUCUCCCCCCUACUAUUCUUUCUGUUACCAAUUCGGAACAAAAUUAAAUGACCCCCCGUGAACCAACACGCCCAGUAUAAUGAAGUAGCUUUUAAAUACUGUAAAGGGAAGGUUUAUGAAAAAGGAGUUACAAAAGACCCACAUAUACAUACAGGGAUAGCAAAGUGCUGCCACUUUGAAUAAAUGGCCCUCAAAAACCCACAGGGUCCUUUCAAGCACCUCUGUAAACGCCCUCAAGAGAUUGACUUGACAUUUUCCAUCUUAAUUUUCAACCACUGUGUCACUCCUGCACUACUGCAGAGACUCUGUUUGUGGUUCUGAAGCUUUUUUUCACCCAGGAAACAAACAGAGUUACGUCCCCGUUCUUCUGAACCCCAGCUCAUGACAACCUAUUGCUACUCUUGCCAUGUAGGGACCCAGCAGAAAUAGGCCUGUGACUUAUUUCGGGGUCCCGACCCAGAGUUUAUGAGACUGUUGGAGCACAUAAAUUCUUUAGAUGUUUAAUUAUGUGGAUCCUUGUUACAAUGCCUUCGACCUUGGUAAUAGCAAAUGAGGAUGUGAAAGAAAAGCUAAGCCUUUAAGCACUAUUCAUAUCAUCACUAUGGUACCUUAGUCCAACCCCGAAAUUAUUCGCCGGCACGGCUGUUACUCAUGGGGACAAUGGAGCAGGAGCUUCUACCGCUGUCUCCGUUCAAUAGGUACUUAAAGAUUCAAAGUAUUCGUACGGCACCUGGGAGAAUAUAGGUGCUACAUAGAUGUUAGGUUUUAAGAAGUUCUCACCGGGCUGAAAGCCUGGGUCUGUCUGCGACACCUUAAUCAUCCACUUCUGUUUUGAGUAUACCAAAAUUCAGGCUGGAUUUCGCCUGUCAGAUUAUGUGCCUCACUUUCCUCUCACAUUAGUUUGGUCUCUUACCCAGGUCCCUGUGUGUAUGUGUGGCCAUGUGUGCGUGCCAACCUUUUUUUUCUUUUCUCUCUGUGUGUGUUGGUGUAAUUGCUUACUUCUGUACUUUGUGUAUAUGAAUGUACACAUGAGUGCUCGCAUCUCUUAUGUGUGAAAGAGAAAAGGUAAGGGAGGAGGAAGAUUAGGGGGAGGGGCGGUAUCGAAAUGAUUAGCUGGAAGACUUCUCAUCCUCCCGGAAGCAUCCAUUUUUGAUGCUUAAGGAGGCGUUUUAAAAAUCAAGACAUUGGUACUGUGACCAUUUGCCACGUUUUUUCUUACUUUUACUUCUCUUAUGACAUGAGAAACACGAGAGUCUGAAUGUGCCGGUCACUGAGGAUGUAGGACACUGAAAACACAGCCGUCCAAGAUAAAGACUGACACCUCCUGGCCUCUGCUUGAAUGUAUGAUGAGUCCAACGUGCUGUGAACGCCUCGCACCAUCGCCGGUCACUUCGUUCUCCCAUGAUCUCCUCAAGCUAUCACAGACAAGCUGUAUGGGACAGUCUUUGACCAGUUUUACUCUGCUCUGCUGCCCUGCAUCGAGGCACCACUGUGGGGCAAAAACUCAUCAGAGCUCCACGCCACUUCUUCUUCUUCGUCUUCUUUUUCUAACUGGGCUGUAUUGAACAGUCCGGGCGCUAUCAGUGGAAAAUGGUCUUCAGGUCAGUGACCUAAACAGAGUGAUCAGGUGGCUCUGGUCAGCACACACUCAAAUAUACACACCUACAUACAAUUAUACAUAAUGUACACACACACAUUGUAUUUGAAUAUUGCUCAAUAAGCUUAUGUAAAUACAAAUGUAUCACUUUCCAAAUAUUACAGCAUUAAUGUUGAUAGCUAUUUUAAAUAAUAAAAAAAUAAUGUUGAGAACCAUCAUACGAUACAGAAACAGUGUUAUAAAGCCUACUGUGAAUAAUAAGUGGAGAGCCUGAUAGCGGUGGCUGUGUGUGUGUGUGUGAGUGUGUGUAUAUGUGUGUGUGUGUGGAAGUGAUUGUAUGGUUGGGAAGAGUGGUGAGGGUGGUGUAUGGACAUGUCAGAGGGGGGAGAGUGUUUAUAAAGCUGUAGAUUACUGUGUCAUGUCUGUCUGAAAGCUCAGACGCGCUUUAAAUGUUUGAAAAAGUGUUACAUUAAGUGUUUUCUAUACAGUGUUUGCAAAGAUCAAGAAACAAUUGCAUAUAAAGUAUUUA